UAACAAUAUUCCGCCAUCUUACAUCGUUGUAUAACUCGUCUAGUGUCUAUCUAUAAAGAGACGAGUUUCUCUCCCUUGUCAAUUGUUGAGAAAUGGCUUUCCUACUGAGUCUUCUUCUUGGCAUUUAUUUAGCUCCAUUAGCUCUUUCAGAUCUUAUCAUUAAUGUCCAGCCAGAGGUCAUAUCGCCAGUGUUCACGUCACAACUUGUGAUCAACUGUUCUGUAACUAACAACCAAGUUUCAAACAUUGAUGUCAUCAAAUCUGUGUCACUGUCACGUUAUAACGAAACGAUCAAAGACUUUUAUGUUCUUCUGUCACUGGACACUCAAACUUUCAAUCUCCAAAAGUUUGUUCAGUUCAGACAUGCGCAGGUCAGUUUUGGAAAUCUGUUCCUUUCCUUGACUGUCUACAAUCCUGUUCAGUUUGACGCUCAAGCUUACAGAUGUAAUGUUGAUGGAGAUAACUCUAUUCAGAAAAAUGUUUCAAUGAAAGCCAAGAAAGAAGUGAGAUAUGAACCAAAUGUCACAGCAUUGAUUCAAGAAAUCACACGAUUAAAGAUUUCUGAAGAAAUAGAAAAGUGUUCUUUGAACAAUGUAAGGCUUUCAGGAAAUAACAAUAUAAGAUCAAAACUUCAUUUCGUUGGAGAUUCUGAAUUCGUCAAAGAGUUAAUAGAACCGCUGACUUUGAGAUGUUCUUUUCUGGCUUCCAACGAAAAUGCUCAUCAAGAUUCAGCAGUUCAGUUUAUGUACAUACUUCACGAGACCAAUGGUGUCAUUGCAACCAUAUCUAGAGAUCAACCUGCUCCUACAACCAGCCAAAAACUUAACUCCGUUACACUUCAAGGCGAACUAAAUAAAAACAUAUCUGAAAACUCAUAUAUACGGCUGUCUUGGCGAAAUGCAAAAGUUUCAGACUCUGGGAAGUAUUUUUGCGGAGCUCAUGUCAACAACGUAAAUGGCCAGAGAGAUAUGUUCCAGAAGGAGUUAUUAGUCAGUGUACAGAGGCCAACACAUGAUGAUUUGGUCAAAGUUGUGCAUGAAUUACAAAGACUAGUAGAUAAAUGGAAGGACAGCCAACAAAUUAGCGAACUAAACAUAAUUAACAUAAAUGAAGACCUCAGGACAUAUAACAAUAGUAUGAUGAGUGUUAAGGAAGACUUGAAAAACAAUCAACAAAAACUAGAAAGUUUUGGAAAAGAUUUAACAACAAGUCAACAAAACAUCCAAAGUGUCAAAGAGGAUUUCAAAAUUAAUCAACGUCACAUUGAAACUGUUCAAGAUGAUUUGAAAAUAACUAAACAGAACGUAGAAAGUGUUAAAGAUGAUUUGAAAAUAACUAAACAGAACGUAGAAACUGUUAAAGAUGAUUUGAAAAUAACUAAACAGAACGUAGAAACUGUUAAAGAUGAUUUGAAUAUAACUAAACAGAACGUAGAAACUGUUAAAGAUGAUUUGAAAAUAACUAAACAGAACGUAGAAACUGUUAAAGAUGAUUUGAAUAUAACUAAACAGAACGUAGAAACUGUUAAAGAUGAUUUGAAUAUAACUAAACAGAACGUAGAAACUGUUAAAGAUGAUUUGAAAAUAACUAAACAGAACGUAGAAACUGUUAAAGAUGAUUUGAAUAUAACUAAACAGAACGUAGAAACUGUUAAAGAUGAUUUGAAAAUAACUAAACAGAACGUAGAAAGUGUUAAAGAUGAUUUGAAUAUAACUAAACAGAACGUAGAAAGUGUUAAAGAUGAUUUGAAAAUAACUAAACAGAAAGUAGAAACUGUUAAAGAUGAUUUGAAAAUAACUAAACAGAACGUAGAAACUGUUAAAGAUGAUUUGAAAAUAACUAAACAGAACGUAGAAACUGUUAAAGAUGAUUUGAAACUAACUAAACAGAACGUAGAAACUGUUAAAGAUGAUUUGAAACUAACUAAACAGAACGUAGAAAGUGUUAAAGAUGAUUUGAAACUAACUAAACAGAACAUAGAAACUGUUAAAGAUGAUUUGAAAAUAACUAAACAGAACGUAGAAAGUGUUAAAGAUGAUUUGAAAAUAACUAAACAGAACAUAGAAACUGUUAAAGAUGAUUUGAAAAUAACUAAACAGAGUGUAGAAAGUGUUAACAAAGAUAUGAAAAUGAAUCAACAAAACAUGGACACAUUUAAACAGGACAUAGAAAGUGUUAAAGAAAGUUUCAAAAGCAGUCAACAAAACAUUCAACGCUGGACACAGACAAUAUAUUCAUUAUCUGCUAAUCUAUCUGAGUUUCAAAGUAAAGUAAUAAACCUGAUUUAUGAAGGAAAGACAAACUACACAUUUCUGCAUAAGCCCUUAAGCUCUUUACUACCUGAAUCAUGUCGUAACGUCAUCAGCACAAAAGACCGCGAGGUAGUGACGCUAGCUUCCGGAUUAAAGGUCAUGUGUGACACCAAGACAGAAGGCGGUGGAUGGACCAUCUUUCAGAGAAGAAUCAACGGAAAUGUAGAUUUCUAUAGAGGCUGGAAGGAGUAUCGUGACGGCUUUGGAGAUUACGACAUUGGGGAAUUUUAUCUGGGAAACGAAAAUGUUUUCAAAUUAACUUCUAGUAAGAAAUAUGAUUUAAGAAUUGAUUUAGAAUUUAACAACACAAAGUACUUCGCCUUGUACACGCGCUUUGAAAUAUUGGGUGAACAAGAUUACUAUAAGCUACAGAUAGGAGGCUAUUCUGGCAAUGCUGGAGAUAGUUUAACAACUAAUCAUAAUGACAUGUUCUUCUCCACGUAUGAUAAAGACAAUGACAUGGCUACAUCAUCCAAUUGUGCUGAGUACUGGAAAGGAGCCUGGUGGCACAAUGCUUGUUUUGAUUCAAGCCUAAAUGUUAAAUGGGGAAGUAAUAAGAUUAACUGGGCUACAUUGACUGGAAAUGAUAAGAGUGUUACGUUUACUGAAAUGAAAAUAAGAGAAUUUAGACUUGCUGCUAAAAUAAAAAGUACUAAAUAAUAAUCCUCUUUUAACAAUGCCUAUCUCCUGAUAAAUAAAAAUCUGUUAGUUUGUAUUUAGUUUGUUUGACUGUUAGUUUGUAUUUAGUUUAUUUGACUGUUAGUUUGUAUUUAGUUUGUUUGACUGUAAAAUCACUAAAUUUAGAAAACCUUCAGGAUAGAAGACUUAAAUGUAAAGUAGCAAUUAGACAUAAAACACUGAACCAUAAUCUUCAAAUACAAAAAAAAAAUGUCAAUAUAAUACUCCUUCCUACGUAUUCUUGUCAGAGUAAGAAAUGUGUUGCCUGGAAAACCAGUGACUUGAUUAACAAGCAUAAAUAGAUGCAUGACGAGUAGGACGUAAUCAUCUUCUUUUUGAAGUAACGUCUAUAUUUUAUACGAUAAGAAGACAAGAUAUACUUAUUAAUUUGUGCUGCUAAGAUAUUUGGAAAAUUCAAUUUUAUGAAUAAGAUGUUUUUUUACUUCAAAACUUCAAACAUUUUUUUCAGACAUUUCUAAAUCUCUGUGUCCUAUCUCUAAUACUGUGAACUGCAAAGACUGGUUCAUUGGUGAAUAAAGAGUUUUUGCAACAAUACAAAUAUAAGCAUAUGAAAAAACUUCUUCACAUUCCCUUAUUUUCUAGUCUUUUCAACUUUUGAGGCACUUAACAUGAUCUAUCGACCGCCAUUUUCCAUUCUUCUUUUUUUUGGGGCCAUAAAUAGAAUCUCUUUCAAUGUUGUCUUCCCUACGCUUGUCUAUCUACCUAUUAUUCUUUUUCCUGGUACUAUUCCCGGAAGGAAGUUCUUUACGAUUCUUGGGGACCUUAAGUUUGUUUUUUUCGACGUUGUUCUUCGGGUCAUCGUGGGGCCCUGUUAGGAUUGUGAUUCUGUUCGCUAAUUUUCUCGUUUUGAUGCGGUCUUUGUAGAUGAUACCUAGAAAGAUAUAAUAAGAUAAGAUAAGAUAAUUUUAUUUGUCCAAACCACGUUAACCUCAGCAUUACUACUAUAGCAAUUGUCCUUUCUACUCAGUAAUACGUCCUUCUCAAGGUGUUGUCCAUCUUUAACCAUUAUAACAAAUUGUAAAAUCUGACGUAACAAAUAAAUUUACGUCGAAAAGGUUCUUUGAAAUUUUUGUUCAGGAAAAAAAAUACUUUAAUAAAUCAAUUAUUUUGUUUAAAUAAUAUAGCUAACUAUCGUUACAUUUUAUUUGUUAUAGUUAAAAAAAAAAGAUAUAAAAAAAAUGUGGCCAGUAUGGGGAUCGAACCCAGGACAUUUGCGUUAUUAGCACGACGCUCUAACCAUCUGAGAUAACCGGCCAUGCAGUUUUUGUGUAAUUAUGCUAUUGUAGACAGAAUUCGUAGCGUACUUCAAUUCUACUAAUAUUUCCUAAUAAAUCGUGUCUCGUAAAAGUCCUCUUGAAAUUGCGGGCAUUUCUAUUACUUUUUGAGGGACUCUUCAAAUUUCUACUUAAUAAUGUAAAUUUUUUUCACAUUUUUUUUCCAACGCUGUCUUUGUUAAAUGAGCUGACCAGCCCCAUUGGCUUUAUCAAUGGAGUUGAGCAGUCACAUGUGAACCUUCCUCAGGUCUUGACCCGAAAGCCUGAAGAUAGUGUAUCGGUGGAAACGGUCGUUAGAGGAAAAGAUUGGAUCUAUAGGGAAUCAAAACAGAAUCUCCGCUUGGAUGGACCAUCUUUCAGAGAAGAAUCAACGGAAAAGUAGAUUUCUAUAGAGGUUGGAAGGAGUAUCGUGACGGCUUUGGAGAUUACAACAUUGGGAUAUUUUAUCUGGGAAAUGAAAAUAUUUUAAAGUUAACUUCUACUAAAAAUUAUGAUUUAAGAAUUGAUUUAGAGUUUGACAAUAAAAAAUAUUAUGCUCGAUACACGCACUUUGAUAUAUGGGGUGAAGAAGAUUACUAUAAACUUGAAAUAAAUGGCUAUUCAGGAAAUGCUGGAGAUAGUUUAAAAUAUUAUAAUGACACGUUCUUCUCCACGUAUGAUAAAGACAUUAUGAGAAGCAACUGUGCUUCGCAUUUUACAGGAGCCUGGUGGUACAAAGAUUGUUUUUUUUCAAACCUUAAUGGUUACUGGGAAAGUAAUUACUUAAACUGGAAUACGUUGAGUAGAAAUACGAGUGUUACUUUUACUGACAUGAAAAUAAGAGAAGUAGAUUUGAACUAAAUAAUACAAAAGUUUUGUUUUCUAAAUAUAAUACUCAUUCUAUUAUUAGUAACUCCCGAAAUUAAAAAAUAAAGAUACAUUUAUUUGCAUUUAGUUUGUUUGGCUAUUAGUCUGUCUCUUUAAUAACGUAGGCCUAUGUAUAUAAAAAAGUACCUUGAAAAUAGUUUUACCAUAUUCAUUAGCAAGUUCAUAUUUAUUUUAAUUUUAAAGUGAAGAUGAAUAAAGAUGCAAUCUAGCAUAUUAAUAAAAACCAUUUCAAAUGGUACUUUCAAGGUAUAUCAUGUGUCGAAAAUUAACUAGAAUGUCAUAUAAUUAAAAAGAAAGAUAAUAACAAAAAUGAUUAAUAUUUUAUAAUUUUUCAGCAAAUGAUUUUGAGUUUUUAUCACAUCAUUCUGAUUUAAAAACAAAAUUUUUGGCAUUUUACAUCUGGUACAACCUUUUUCCUUCGCUACUUCUUGUGUGUUUAAAGAAGCCAAUCCUUGAUACACAGCUGCGGUCACAGGUUGGGCAUAUGUUAUCUCCAUGCGCCGUUGCAUUUUCACCCUUCCUUCUACUAUGUUGUGUAUGCUUCCUCUAUGCUUUCUCUCUCUCUCUCUGUCUGUCUCUCUCUCUCUCUCUCUCUCUCUCUCUCUCUCUCUCUAUAUAUAUAUAUAUAUAUAUAUAUAUCCCCAUGUGUGGAUAUAUAUAUAUAUAUAUAUAUAUAUAUAUAUAUAUAUAUAUAUAUAUAUAUAUAUAUAUAUAUAUAUAUAUAUAUUAUAUAUA